AUGCACGCGGGGGAGAAACCAUUCAGCUGCUGUGGGAAGUGCUUUGUGCUACAGCGAGAUCUCGACACCCACGUGAAGGUCCAUACGGUCGCUCUCUUGCUCCGAAUGUGGCAAAGGCUUCAGAAAGUGCACUCGGGAGACGUCACCUUCUCUUGUUCUUACUGUCGGAAAAGUUUCCCAGAGUCCUCGCUACUGGCUGAGCACCAGCAGACUCACCUGGCCAACAAGGACCUGACUUGCACCGUGUGCGGCCAAUGUUUUGGCUUCCACAGCCGCCUCAGCAAGCACCUCCCGUCUCAUUCGGGGCAGCAGCCAUUCUCUUGCUCUGAGUGCGGCAAAGGCUUCUGGUUCUCAAGUGAACUCAAUGCCCAUCUCAGAACCCACCCAAGGUUAAGCUUCUUCUUCUCUCAGCAGUAA